UAAACAACAGAGGAGGUUACACGUUGUUCUGUCUUUGCCAUCCAAGACUGAUAUAACGGGUUGUCCGCACAGAACUGCUCAAACAUGAUGCUGGAACAAAUGUUCAUCCUUAUGUUCAGUCAUUUCAUCGAACCGGAUGGAAACAUCUUUGAAGUGAUGAAUCAGUUUGACUGUGCCGUAGCUUGCACUGGUGUAGAUGAAUGUGCUUCCUUCUUCUACAACCCUGGCAGCAGGUCAUGUCUGGUCACUCUCCAGCGUCACCUAACCAGUGCUGGGCUGAUCACAGCAAAAGGAUAUGAUUAUUACAUGGCACGCUCAGACUGCAGCUCCGAAUGGACGGUUCUCGGGAUGUCCUGUUACUGGAAGAGCCCAGAUAGGAAAAACGUGGCUGAUGCACGAAUCAGAUGCAAGGACAUGGGAGGAGCUCUGGCGUCAACCAACACUGCGAAUGAAGACAAGCUCAUCAAGCUAAAAUUUGGGUCAGGAUUUUGGAUCGGAGGAAGUGAUGACGUUGAGGAAGGAAAGUGGAUCUGGCCAGAUGGUCAGCCGGUCACUCUGAACCUUUGGGCUGCAGGUCAACCGGACAACGGAACCGACGACCAAUACAAGACACGAUUUGUGAAAGAAGACGGCACUUUGCUUGAUGGAAAGGAGGCCGAACAGGAACUGGCUAAAUAUGAUGCAAAGAGUAUCCUCAAGGAGCUGGGUCUGAAGGAAGGAACUGCGGAUUCCGAUGCAAGAGAGACAAAUUCUACAAAAGUUGACACAUUCAAAGGAUUGGGACGAAAGCUGAAAUCUGCCUUUGGAUCAAGAACGCCGACAUUUCACGAUUCAUCUCCACGCCCAGAUGACAGUUCUGGAGGUGAUACACCCGAAGCAACCAGUCAGACAAACCAACACCAGCCUUGCAGUAGCAAACAAGCAGAUAGAAGACGCCGAUCUUCUAUAAGGGAUGAGGCAGACGAAACAGAAUUGAACAAGAAGAUUGCGGGUGUCAGUCCGCAGAUGAAGGAAGAUGCGCAUCAAAUUUGGAAAUUCUCCAAAGACGUGGAGGAUGGCGUGUAUCAUUUCAGUUUGGAUGUUGACAGUCUUUGGAAGAGCAUAUCAGAACCUUUAUUACUCGUACAGAGGAAAAUCAAUGAAGUUGCCAACAAGACUCUGCCCUACAUCUAUUCUGGCGACAGCAUGGUGCAGACAGGAUUGGACACCAUUGAGACGUGGAGUGAUAUGACUCAAAAUAUCAAAGGAGCAACGGAAGCUCUCAACAAUGUGAUCAAGGACAAAACUGGAGAAGUAACUGGAUUCUCUCGAAAUCUCAAUGAUCAAGCACAGGAACUAGCAAAAUCUGCAACUUCGGUGGUCGAGAACCCAACGUUGAACCGCGUGGCUGACAUGUCCGAUGUGUCUGUCAUGAUAAGGGACAUGUCAGGAACGGCCGAACACCUCAGCACUACAUUCAACACUCUUGUUGAUGAUAUGACAACUGAGUUACAGAAGAGUAUCACAAGUUUCUCUGACAUGCUUAUCAAAGCAGGAGAAGACAGUGGGCUUUUCAGUUUCAUCAAAGAGGCGGGAAAUGAAAUAUGCAAACUUUUGAAGACGGUUCUGACGAUAAUUGCCUUCAUAAAAGAAAAUAUUACCAAAUUUCUCCAAAAAUUCAAUGGUCUGUUUUACAAAGUAUUUGCUCUCCUGGGCAAGAUUGUAUCAGUGAUAGAAGGUGUUCUUGGUCUUGACAUGGAGUUAAUGAAAGAAGCCCUAAAGAAUGGAACUAUUCGAGCUGCUGAUGUCAAAGUUGGGAAUGUAAACUUUACUAUGAGUUCUGAAGUGAAGACAAAGUCCUCAACGGUCGUCUCAGGAGCCAAAGUGACAGCAGGCAAUAUCUCUGCAGCUGGCAAGGUUACCGAUAAUUCAAGAAGUGGACACAUUGAAGCAACUGCUGUUGACGUGAAGGCUGCUAAUGUUGACGUAGCUGUGAUGCGAGAGGGGAAGAUCAAAAGGAAUUUAGCUUAUCUGAAAGGUGCAAACAUAAAUGCAGGGAAUAUGCGAGCAACAUUGGUGGAUGACAGAGAAAUUGAUUCUGUUGUUGUUGGAGCUUCUGCAGCUGAAGUCAAUCUUGGCAAUGUUGAGGCCUUUGGACUUGGACGAAAAGGGACUCACAGGCAUACAACAACUCAACCAAGUUUCAGUGCAGGCAACGUAGCUAUUGGUGUGAGAAGAAGCACAGGUACCAAUAUUAAAGCUGGUCCGCAGUUUUCUGCUGGUAACAUUGAUUUAACUAUUGGGAAACCUUCUGUGUCCAAUUUUCUGAACCAGUUAAGGCCUGGACACGGAAUUGCAAACUUCACAAUACCAUUCCUGGGUGGAGGAGCAGGGGAGGCAGGUGGGAAAUCUGAUGGUGAGAAGGGAAGUGGGAUGUCAACGGAAACCGCUGGAGAAUCUACCUAUGGAUUAGCAAGAGAUACAGUAGAGUUCGGUGACAGGCUUCCUCAACAUAAGGUCGUUGGAACAGGUGUUGAACGUUCAGGUUCUAACAAGGAGGGUGGGUCUGGACAAGGUCCUGGUUCUAAAUUCAGAGGGGAAGGCGUUGAACGUUCAGGUUCUAACAAGGAGAAAGGGUCUGGAUCUGAGCCUGGGCCUGGCUCUAAAGUCAGAGGGGAAGGCGUUGAACGUUCAGCUUCUAACAAGGAGAAAGGGUCUGGAUCUGAGCAUGGGCCUGGCUCUAAAGUCAGAGGGGGAGGCGUUGAACGUUCAGGUUCUGUCAAGGAGGAAGGGUCUGGAUCUGAGCCUGGGCCUGGCUCUAAAGUCAGCGGGGAAGGCGUUGAACGUUCAGCUUCUAACAAGGAGAAAGGGUCUGGAUCUGAGCCUGGGCCUGGCUCUAAAGUCAGAGGGGAAGGCGUUGAACGUUCAGGUUCAGACAAGGAGGAAGGGUCUGGAUCUGAGCGUGGGCCAGACUCUAAAGUCAGAGGGGAAGUCUUUGAACGUUCAGGUUCUAGCAAGAAGGGAGGGCCUGGACCUGGCUCUGAAGGCAGAGGGGAGGGCACCACUGGAGCCAGUGGUAGAGGUACCAGGAAAUGGUUUGACAAUAGCAACACGCAAGAAUCAAACCCAAGUAAAAGCACAGCUUCAAAUACGCACAGCUUUGGCAAUGGAACUGGAAAUGAUUCGCAGACACAUAGACGUGGACAACCUGGACAAACAUCCGUUUCAAGGUCCUCUUCAAACUCCUUGCUGGACGAAUCAGCUGACAACCCCUUUUCCCAAAAUAAGGACAGCAAUUACAAACCUUUGAGUAAAUCAGAUGGAGUGAAAGGAGAUGGUAAUGCUCUUGGAUCAGGGGUGUAUAAAAGAGGGGAUGGAAUUGGGGAAAAUCCAGAAGACGAUUAUCAAAGUACAGUAGCUUCAAUUGUCAGGAGGGAAGUUCACCGUAAGUCUGGAAAGGAGCCUAAACAGGAGCAAAGGAAAGAAACUAAGGCAGAUGAAAAGCCAAAGAAAUACAGUAAAGAAGAGCUGAAGAGGAUCUUGUUGAAGGAGAGUCACGAGGAAUUGGGUACAGGUGCAGAAGCUGGUGGAGGACACACAGGAGACGCUAAAGAAACGAAGACCACAAAGAAAACCCAAAGAAAACCCAAAGCUAAACCUUGGGGGGAACAUGGCAACAUCCAUGGAUUCAGUACACUUGGUACUGAAUGUGGAAAAGAAGUAAAAAAACUGGGAAAUGGCAUUUAUGGUUUCGGGGAUGAGUGAACAUAUCUGACAUUUGAGGCAAACCAAAUGUGUGCAUUUGCUUGUGAAAAUACCACCAUGUCAUGGCCUCGUAUACUUGGGAUGGCCAGUGGUAUCAAUGAUUAAUUCCUUGUUUGUUCUUUAACGCUGCAGUCAGCAAUAUUCAAGCUGGAUGGUGGCGGUCUGUAAAUAAUCGAGUCCGGACCAGACAAUCCAGUGAUCGACAUCAUGAGCAUCGAUCUACGCAAUUGGGUUA